GAUCAGCUAGGCAUCAGGGUCACCGACAGUAACAAUGAUAUUCUGUUCAGGAUAAGGAAGUCCACUCCGCUAGAUAGCGUUAUGCAAGCGUUCUGUGAACGUCAGGGCAAGAAUAUCAACGUGGUUCGGUUCUUAUUUGAAGGACAACGUGUUCAACCGACUGAUAGUCCCGAUAGUCUCGGAAUAAUUGAUGGUGAUUCUCUGUCGGUCCACCAGGAGCAGAUUAGGGGUUUCUAU